UGGGUGUCAACUACGUCAUAGCUCAAGAUCAGGAAAUCGUUCCUGAACACACAUCGUGAAGGUGUUUGUUCACUUGAGCAGCGACGGUUAUUAGACCGACAUAAUGGAGGAAGUAUCUCUGGGAACAUAAGCUUUUGUCAAUGUUCAACGCACAAUCUUUGAUUUCACGCAUCCCAAAGCGUGCUUUGGUCACCCGUUUUCCCAUCCAUUCAAGCUAUGCUCGUGGCUGCACUGCAGUGUCACAACGCCAAGCUCAUCAAGCUCGCAAUAUGUCUCACUCCAAGAACUCCGAAGAUGAACAACACCAAAAGGAGUCCAAAUUCUCCCAUCUCCCCCUAAGUACCAGCGGCCCGUUAGAAUGCGCUCUCAAAGGCACCGUGCUGCUCAACCACCCUUACUUCAACAAGGGUUCCGCCUUCACCAAAGAAGAGCGUCGCGACUUUGCUCUUCAUGGCUUGCUACCGCAACGCAUCCAGACCCUGGAACAGCAGGUCCAAAGGGCAUAUCAGCAGUAUUGCAGUCAACCCAAUGAUUUGGCCAAGAAUACGUUUAUGACGUCGAUGAAGGAGCAGAACGAGGUGUUGUUUUACAGGCUUUUGCAUGAUCAUCUUGAGGAGAUGUUUAGUGUAGUGUACACACCGACAGAGGGAGAAGCCAUUCAGAACUAUUCAAGACUUUUCAGAAGACCUGAGGGUGUGUUUCUGAACAUCAAUGAUAUGGACUCCGUAAAGCGUGAUUUGGCGCAAUGGGGAAAGCCUGAGGAUAUCGACUACAUCGUGGUCACCGACGGCGAGGAGAUCCUGGGCAUCGGUGACCAAGGAUGUGGCGGCAUCCUCAUCUCCAUCGCCAAGUUGGUACUGAUGACCAUUUGCGGUGGCAUCCACCCAAACCGUGUGCUGCCGGUGGUCUUGGACUGCGGCACCGACAAUGAGGAGCUCUUGAAGGACGAUCUUUACCUUGGCCUCCGGCAAAAGCGUGUUCGAGGUGAAAAGUAUGACGAGUUUGUCGAGACCUUUGUUAAGGCUGCGCGUGAACUCUAUCCCAGAGCGUACAUCCACUUUGAAGACUUUGGCCUAGAUAAUGCACGUCGACUUCUGGAGAGAUAUCGACCCAAGAUUCCUUGCUUUAACGAUGAUGUGCAAGGAACAGGGUGCGUGACUCUGGCCGCCAUCAUGGCAGGUUUACACAUUUCGAAGCAGAAGUUGAGCGACAUCCGGAUGGUAGUCUUCGGUGCUGGCACGGCAGGUGUUGGUAUCGCGGACCAUGUUCGCGAUGCUAUUGCCGCAGAUGCGGACAUCAGCCCUGAGGAGGCUGGCAAGCAGAUAUGGCUCAUUGACAAACCUGGACUACUCACAACCAAGUCAGACUCACUGUCGGAUGUUCAGAAGAAGUAUGCCAAGUCGCACGACGACUGGGCCAACAAGAAGACCGAUCUCCUAGGUGUGAUCAAGGAGGUCAAGCCGCACGUUCUAAUCGGCACAUCCACAAAACCAAAGUCAUUCACGGAGGAGGUCGUUCGUGAGAUGGCAAAGCACGUCGAGCGCCCCAUCAUCCUGCCCUUGUCGAAUCCAACUAAGCUUCACGAGGCCGUGCCCGAAGACCUCCUGAACUGGACAGACGGCAAGGCUCUCGUUGCCACAGGUAGUCCGUUCGACCCGGUCAAGGGCCCCUGGGGUAAGGAUGGCAAGGAGAUCGAGAUCGAGGUGGCAGAGUGCAACAACAGUGUUGUGUUCCCGGGUAUCGGCCUCGGCUCCGUGCUGGCGCGGGCCAACCGUGUGACAGACAAGAUGUUGAUGGCGGCAUCGAAGGGCGUGGCUGAGAUGGGCCCGGCGUUGAAGGAUGAUACGGCGCCGCUGCUUCCUGGUGUCGAUGUCGUGCGCGAUGUGAGCGUGCGCGUUGCUCGAAGAGUCAUCUUGGCGGCCAUGGAGGAGGGUGUGGUUGAGGAGAAGGAUGUGCCGACCAAGGAGGAGGACCUUGAUGAAUGGAUCAGAGAGCAGAUGUGGGAUCCGGUGUACAGGCCGCUGAAGUAUGUUGAGGGCGACUUGCGCGUGCUGGGCAACCCGAAUGAUGUCGAGUGAGGAUUGACAUCGUAGUGUUCGUGGUACCUCUACGGCUGUUGGGAGUGUCUUGGCGUGGUUAUCGCCGGACGUCAUGGCGGGCAGUUGACAUUGAUUGGUGCGUGACUUGGCGAUUUCAGACCUGGCUGGCGCACAGUUUUGCUGUAUGAUACCAUCAUGUAGAGCUUGUUAUGUCCUUUUCAUGAGCUUAUUGACUGCCGAAUUCUUUCCG